AUGCCGCCGAAGGGUGCCCAGGCGAAGAGACAGGUGGCAGUAUUUUCAUCGGGCCCUACUGAGUUUGGGCGCGUUUUCAACCUCUGGGUAGUGCACUGGGGAGGAGAGCAGCCCUACGAGACUGCGUUCGCCAGCCUGGGCAAAGUUGGCGUUGAGAUACUGUUGUGUGGGCAGCGAGUGCCAUUUGUAGUUGACACUGGGGCUGAGCUGUCUCUAUUGAAUCGUGUCACCUACGACGGCCGUCCAGCGCGGCGGCCGAGUCUCCAUUCCUUGGAGGUUGCGUUGGUGGAUGUGCAAGUCCUGAAUGUAGGAGAUGAGGAUGUAGUUUUUGAGCCUGGGGAGUUAUUGGCUCACCUCGAGGUUGUGCGGGUAGUGAGGCGGUUGGGCACUUGUGAGUUCGGUGAAUCCUCGCCUCUUCCGGACAGUUCUGGUUUGCCGGCGCAUAUGCGGGUAAUGUUUGAGACAAUUGACUCUGGGUUGUCUCGGCGGGAGAGAUGUGAGGUUUCAUCUCUGCUUCAAGAGUAUGCGGGUUUGUUCACUGCUCCUGGUGAACAGCUUGGGCAUACGGAGAUGGUCAAGCACCGGAUUGAUACUGGCGCUUAUUAUCCCACCAAGCAAGCUCCACGUAGAUGUCCGUUGGCUCGCCAAGAGAUAUUGAACGUGGAGGUCGAUAAGAUGUUGGCAUCCGGCACCGUCCGGCCCAGCAGCAGUCCGUGGGCGUCCCCGGUGGUGUUGGUCACGAAGAAGGACGGCUCGACGAGGUUCUGCAUAGAUUAUCGCAAGCUGAACGACGUUACCCGUAAAGAUGCCUAUCCACUGCCGAGGAUCGAUGAUACGCUGGAUUCCUUGGACGGCACCAGUUGGUUUUCUACUCUCGAUUUCACCUCGGGUUAUUGGCAAGUGGAGAUGGAUCCGGAGGAUGCUGCAAAGACUGCGUUUGGGACGAGGAGAGGUUUUUAUGAAGUCUCUGUUAUGCCGUUCGGUCUUUGCAACGCACCGGCGAUCUUCCAGAGGUUGAUGGAGUGUGUGCUUCGAGGUCUGCUGUGGACGGAGUGUCUUGUUUACAUAGAUGACAUCAUUAUUUUUGGUAAGACCUUUGAUCGAGCCAUUAGCAAUCUCUGUGGUGUUUUCUAUCGGAUUGCAGAUGCCGACAUGAAGCUGAAGCCUUCAAAAUGCACGUUUUUUCAGAGGAGUGCUGCGUUUCUGGGGCACAUUGUCUCCGGUGAUGGUAUCUGGUGUGACCCCAAAAAGCUCCAGGCUGUCGAGAGUUGGAGUCAUCCACACAAUGUUGCUGAUGUGCGGAGUUUUCUAGGGUUCGCUAAUUACUAUCGGCGUUUUAUUCCUGAUUUUGCGACUCUGGCAGAACCGUUGGUUGAGCUGACCAAAAAGAACAUGCCUUUUCGUUGGGGGGAGACAUGUGAGGAGGCCUUCAGCGGCUUGAGAUUGCUGCUGACAUUGUCGCCGGUAUUGGCGUAUCCGCGCUUGGAUGCUGAGUUUAUUCUGGACACUGAUGCUAGUGCUACUGGCAUCGGUGGUGUCCUGUCACAGUUCCAGAGUGGAACGGAGAGGUGGUCUAUGCAGCAGAUUCGUCAGUGGCAGCGAGAGGAUGGUGCCAUCUCUGCCGUCUUGAAGGUGUUGGCGGCGGGCGGUGUCCGUCCUGCCGUCGCGGAGUUGUCAUCUUCUUCUCCAGAGGGGAAGGCUUAUUGGGCACUUUGGGACGAGCUGGAGGUCCAUGAGAGAGUGCUUUAUCUUCGGCAGGCUUUGGACUGUCGGCCAAGCAGCGAUGUUUCGUGUAUGGUGGUCCCACCAGUCAUGCGCUGGGAGUUGUUCGAGAUCAUGCAUGGUGGUCGGAUUGGUGGACACUUCGGCAUCACUAAGAGUUUGGCUAGGAUCCGGCAGCGUUUUACUUGGCCGGGUAUUCGGCAGGAUGUUUUGAGGUGGGUUCGGGAGUGUGAUUUAUGUAGCAGGAGGAAACCAGGGCAUCGAAGGAAUGCUCCCCUCUGUCAGCGGAUUUCAACGGCACCAUGGGAGAGGAUGGCCAUUGAUUUCAUGGGUCCACUUCCCGAGACGUCAUCCGGCAUAAAGUAUAUCCUUGUGGCUUGUGAUUACUUCACGAAGUGGACGGAAGCGUUCGCUUUGCCGGAUAUGACUGCCCAGACAACGGCGGAUUGUCUGGUUUCUGAGCUUUUUCUUUGUUUCGGGGUGCCUCGUCAGUUGCACUCUGAUCAGGGAAGAAAUUUUGAAUCGGGUCUGUUUACCGAGGUAUGUUUGCUGUUGGGCAUCGAGAAGACUCGUACGACGCCCUACCAUUCUCAGUCAGACGGGUUGGUUGAGAGGUUCAACCGGACCUUACAAGAUAUGUUGAGUAAGGUUGUUAAUGAGCGACGAGAUGACUGGGAUACCAUUUUGCCGUAUGUUUUGGCGGCGUAUCGGGGUACAACCCAGGAAUGUACCGGGGUUAGCCCUAAUCUUAUGAUGGUUGGUCGUGAGGUGGGGAUGCCCAUUGAUCUGAUGUUCGACCCCCCUCUGGGUUCGGCAGAUGAGGUCUGUCCUAUCGAGUUUGUGGAGUGGAUUAAGCGUGCGAUUCGAGAAGCACACGCCUUUGCUCAAACACAUUUGGGGCGAGCGGCACAACGUCAGAAGAGAGGUUAUGACAGUAAGGUGCGUACCUCGACGUUCGCUCCGGGGCAGUGGGUCGGGUACUUCUACCCUCCUGCAGAUGUUAAGUUGGGCCUCCCAUGGCCAGGGCCCUAUUUGGUAUUGCGGGGUAAGGGUAACGCUAGAUGGAUUCAGGCUUCCCCUGAUAGUGUAGUGAGAGUUGUAGCCGUAGAUAACCUGAAAGUCUACGAGGGUGUGAAUGCACCAGUCUCCUGGUUGGAGGAUGAGGCUGUUGGUGUUGACGCAGGUGUUGGUGGAGAGUCUGGUAGUCCGGGGGACGUGGUGGGUCAAUCCGCGGUUGAUAUGCGCGGCACGGAUUCCUAG